CAGGAAUUCGCUCCUGAGUUCUCAUUAGAGUCGAAACGUAAUUUUGUUGCCGUCGCGAUAAAUACAACACUCAUCCGUGUGACCGAGCUUCAUCCUGGACCAUGUCUUCUUCUAACCUGAGCCUGACGGACAUGAGGAGGAGCGUGGAGCAGCUGAAACUGCAAGCCAGUGUAGAGAGAAUAAAGGUGUCUCAGGCUGCAGCUGACUUACAGCAGUACUGUCUUCAGAAUGCCGCCAAGGACGCCCUCCUGGUCGGCGUGCCAACGGGCAGCAACCCUUUCCGAGAGCCACGUUCAUGUUCCAUCUUCUAAACGCAAGAUAUCGCGUUGCCGGAUUCCUGGAUAUUCGUUACAGAGGAAAAAGAUGCAGCAUGGACUUUUUAUCCUUUUCGAAAUCAACAUUGUCUAUUUAUUGUGUAACUUGAUCAGCGAAUGUCGUAACAUUUUGAUGGUUUUUGCUACGCACUUUAUUGGUGACCAUGACAACAUGCGGUAGGAUCAUAAGACGGUCGAUAAUCGUGCCGAAUCCGAAUGGGCAAAAAAACCAAAACAAAACAAAAAAUGUUUUACUGAGUGUGAAUUAAAAUGUGGAACUGUAAUUGUGUGCCUUUUGGACUUUUGUGGAAGUCCUGAGCGUGGAUAGAGGGUAGUAUGCUGUCCUGGUGCCUUAUAAUACAAAACCUCUUCAUUUGACAAUAUGAUUCUCAUAUAUGCACUAAUCUGGGAAUUUCAUAGGAAUAAACCGUAUAGCUGAAAUGUGAUGGUUUUCCAAUAAAGAUAAAUUGUCUUUCCUA